CACCUCAGCAGUAAUGGAGAACACUCUGAUCAGAUACACACACUGUGGAAGAAACAUAUACAGUUUUCCCUGCCCAGGCCAGCUGCAGUGUCCAGUCUGUCAGCAGAGUCUCAGGUUUGGACUUCUGGACGCUCCUGUAGCUCUUCCCUGUCCCUUCAGAAGUGGACACACGGUGCCCUGUGCUUUUCUGAUCGCCUCUGCUCACGGACCUUCACAUCUCGGGGAAUGGCAUGACACAGAGAUUCACGUAGGGCUGUCGGACUCGGCAGGUCUGGUGUAUAACUACACGCUGUCGGGCGUCCGGAGAGACGAGCGCGGCUGGGAGCGCUGUGUGUGCAUGCAGCUCUGCCCUGAGAGGACACCGGAGCGCCGGGAAUCAUGGGACCGAGAGCUGGAGCGGUUCUCUUCUCUGCCCCGCUGGGCUCCAGAGCGGUUCGCCGAGGAGAGGGAGUUUGGAUCGUGCUGUUAUGGCUUCGCGCUGACCUUCAUAAACCACAUGCGCUCGCUGGACGGGAGAGUGUCUCUGAGCCGAGACGAGUUCACCGCAUCUCACGUUCUGCCCAGAAUGAAGACGGUGUCGCUGUACAUCAGCAUCUAUCAGGCAGUGUCACGACACGGAUUUCACAUCGCCGAGGCGUAUUUGUCAGAGUCACUGAUAUUAGCUCUCACAUGAAAUAAUUAUCACCGGUCAUUCUGAGCUAAUUGUAUUGUUUAAAUUCAGAUGGCCACGGAGCUGCACUGAUCCUGAUAUCUCUGUAACUGAACCAUACAGGGCCCUAAAAAUGAAGAUGCCAAAACAAAGGUUUGUUAAAAUACAAAAUCUGAAGGGGCACUAAGAUUUCUUAAAUACUUCAGGCCUGCAAAUAUUGGAGAAAAAAAACUUGAAAAGUGCUUUUUAUGAUUUUUAGAUGGUCACCAUCGGCACAUAAUGCAACAGAGAUUGCUAAAGUUGUGUAAAAUAAUCUCUGUGUCAAAUAAACAUUGUGAUACUA